GGUAGCCGCGACGGUGGACCUAAGACCCCGACACUGAGGACCGACUCAUCAAGGCCACGGAGAACCGGGGACACCACCCCUGUAAGAGCUCAGCGCUGCUACACCAACAUCAGUCACGCCAGACAGCAGCAUACAGAACCGGGCACACGUACCUCGCGGCGGAGCAGACACAUCAAACGGCUUCGAGCCCCGCUUCAUGCACCCCGCGCUCAUGACCCAACCUACGCCCCUCCAGUGCGGCAAGGCUCGAACAUAGCCCGCACUGGAGCUAAGCACCGUACCGGGGACACCCGCCUCGCGCUCCACCGCAUAACACCGGCUGGAGUCUACCAGUACGACGCCCUCUCACUCCACGUUCUGCGAAUCAAAACGCGAAGCAGUAAUUCUGCAUCACUAAACAGGGAAGUAAGAGACAGUUAUACUCUCACCAUUGAAGCCACUGAAAUCACGUACGACUUCCAGGCCAGGACCAAGGUAUUGGUUCAGGUGCUUGAYACCAAUGAYCUGAAACCACUCUUCUACCCAGCCUCGUACAACGUAGUCAUCAGGGAAGACGCUCCGUUGAAGUCCAGCGUGGUCAGGGUCAGUGCGACGGACGCGGAUAUUGGCUGUAACGCUGAGUUCUAUUACUCCUUUACGAGCAGAGCCCAUCCGUUCGCCGUUGAUCCUUUCACAGGCGCCAUCAGCCUCGUCAAGAGACUGAACCACAGCCGAGCAGAAACAUACGAUCUCACUGUAUUAGCCGAGGACAGGACCAAGAAGAUAUCUGGGGUUCAGAAGUUUGGCAACGUGGCCAGGGUUAAAGUUACCAUAGAAAAGGUCUCCUCGACCGCCCCCAUCAUCAUCAUCCCGGUUGUCCUAGCUCAGAAGGAUGAAGAGGAGAAGAUAACUAUUGAUGUCCAUGUAGAGUCGGGUGUAAAGCAGGUCGAGUCCGUUAGUAUUGUUGGUGGGGAUCCACAGAGGUAUUUUGAAAUUAUUCCAUCCAGCCUGCAAGGCAAUGGUUUCCAAGUGGUCUCUACCAAGAGAAUGAACUGGUCUCAGAGCCCAUUUGGAUUAAACCUCUCCCUUCAAGCUAAAGACAAGAGCAGUCCACCUUUAGUUUCUCCAGUUUCAGAAAUCCAUAUCCCUCCCUAUAAACAAAGCCUGUUUAGCUUUCUGGAAGACACUUACAUUCUCACACUAAGUGAGUUUUCACCACCAAAAACACAUGUGGUCAGAGUUAGUGUGAAUCCGGCAUAUUUGAAUGUUAGAUACCACAUUAAAAGUAACUCUGAUAGCCCCAAAUUUAAGAUUAACCCCAAAACAGGAAUAAUCGUUACCUCAGACUCCUUUGACUUCGAGAAAAAGUCUCGUUAUGAAUUCGACGUGAYAGCGAAUCACGGCGAAGCCGAGACCCAUAUAGUCGUUGAGAUWACUGACGAAAACGACAACGUCCCYACAUUCACCAARCCYUCAUACCAAGCCACACUACCAGAGAACGUACCUAUAGGCAGCAGCGUUCUAACAGUCUCUGCAAUAGACGAGGACAGGGAACGAAAUGGUUUUGUGACCUAUGCCAUAGCCAACUCAGCUCCUUCCCCAUUCACAAUAGACCCRAUCAGUGGAGUGAUCUCUACAUCUGAGGAUCUGGACUACGAGUUGAUGAAGAGGUGGUAUCAUCUCAGAGUGUGGGCUUCGGACAGCGGCAGUCCCUUCAGUCAUGUUUCUGARUGYGCUGUGACGAUCACCAUGAGCAACGUCAACGACAACACCCCUCUGUUUGAGCAGGUGGGAUGCAACGCCACCAUACCUGUAGAUUUAGCGGUGAGAGAGCCAAUCGCAGAGCUGUCUGCUGUUGACCUGGACGAACUACAACAGCUCAGAUAUGUGAUCGAGUCAGGGAAUGACCAAAAACUGUUUGACAUCGACGCUGUAUCAGGARUCAUUAAACUAAUCAAACAGAUACCCACAGCUUCGAUAGAGACUGAAUUACCUUCGUUCAGACUUAGAAUCACAGCAACAGAUGGUAAACAUACCUCUGAUCCCUCUGUUGUUACUGUUACUGUCGUUAGCCAGGGCAUUGAAGCCACAGUCAGUUGUCAGGAGACUGGGAUUUUCAAACAGCUCACAGACAAACUGAUAGAAUCCAUAAAGCCAGGGUUGACUAUCCAGGAUGAGGAAUCCUUCUCGGACGUUCAUAUCAUCAACCGCCACUCUCCUAAGUUCAACUCUGGCAUCCCGAGUACUAUUGACAUCAGAGAGGACUUCCCUUUGAAUUCAACUAUCCUUUACUUCAAGGCUACGGAUAACGACACUGGAUUCAACAGCAAGCUUGUGUACGCYAUCUCAAGUGGAAAUGAAGAYGGGUGUUUCUCCAUUGGUAUUUUCUCUGGGGAGCUUCAGCUUGUGUGUCCUUUAGACCGAGAAACCAAAGAGUUCUACAUUUUGAACGUAACUGUCUAUGACUUAGGAAGCCCACAAACCUCCGCAUGGAAAUUUCUCGCUGUGAAUCUAUUGGAUGUUAACGACAACCGACCAAUAUUUGACCAAUCCAGGUAUGUCGUGCACAUUCCAGAGAACAUGGAGGUUGACACGAGGAUAAUCCAAGUGCACGCAACGGAUUUAGACUCUGAGGACAACGGAAACAUAUUAUAUUCCACGCUAACUUUAACUGAUCUGUUCAAGAUCAAUGAACUCACUGGCGAAGUGAAAGUGUCUGAUCGUUUAGACAGAGAGGCCUUUCCCAGACAUAACCUGAAGAUAGAGGCUAGAGAUCAGUCUAAAACAGACCCACAGCUCUUCUCUAUGACCGAUCUGGUUGUCGUGUUGGAGGACAUCAACGACAAUCCUCCCAAGUUCGUCCCCAAGAUCUACAACAUCAAAGUCCCCGAGGACGUUCCCUUGGGGACGGUGCUACUGUGGGUCGAGAGCUACGACUUAGACCUGGGCAGCGCUGGACAGAUCAGCUACAACCUGAAGAACAGUGAGAGCGGGGCCUUUUUUCUGGACGCGUCGACGGGAUCUCUAACCCUUGAGAAGGAACUGGACUUCGAGAGGAGACAGUCUUACAACCUGACGGUUCGAGCGGUUGACCAUGGCCUUCCUCGGUCACUCUCCUCCUCCUGUUUCAUCGAGGUGGAGGUCCUGGAUGUGAACGAGAACCUGAAUAAGCCGGUCUUCUCCAUGUUUGUCUAUGAGGCCUCAGUGAUGGAGGACGCUCCUGUGGGAACCUCAGUGUUCACGCUGACAGCAGCAGAUAAGGACCUGGGGAGAGAUGGAGUUGUCAGGUACCACAUUCACGAUGGAUCUGGCCUGGGAGUUUUCAUGAUCGAUGAGGAAACAGGAGUAAUCCGCACGGCUGAGAURUUUGACCGCGAGGCCGUCCCACACUACUGGCUGUCGGUCUAUGCCAAAGACCUUGGCACCAUCCCUCUAGUGACCUGGACAGACAUAUUUGUGGAAGUCCUGGAYAUCAAUGAUAACCCUCCCCAGMUGUCCCAGCCGGUCUACUUCGGCUCCGUCCUGGAAAACAUGCCUAAAGACAAGUCAGUGCUUCAGGUCACUGCUACUGACGUGGACAGCUCCUCUGAGGGGGUGAUAGUGUCGGACAACGGAGCCCCUCCUCUCCGCUCCACCUCUACAGUGAUCAUCCAGGUGCUGGAUGAGAACGACAACAGGCCCCAGUUCAACCACAAGCUYUUCCAGGUCAAACUACCUGAGCAACACAGGGGUCAGGGGGUGAAGCCACAGGUGGAGGUGUGUCGGAUGGUUGCCCAGGACAACGAUGAAGGGCCUAAUGCUGAGGUCACCUUCAGUCUCCAGGACAACCAGAACGAGAGGUUUGAGAUCCAUCCAGACACUGGGGUGGUGACGGCACGGGGAGACUUUACAGCAGGCAACUACAGCAUCCUCACGAUCAAAGCAAAGGACCAUGGGAGCCCGGUGAGAUCRUCGACAGUCCGCCUGGACGUAGAGUGGAUCCCCAAGCCGACGCCCACCUCUGAUCCKCUGACGUUUGACGAGCCACACUUCACCUUCGCUGUCAUGGAGACGGAUCCUGUCACUCACAUGGUGGGGAUCAUCCUCACGGAGACACAGAGGCUACUGUGGUAUGACAUCACAGGGGGCGAUGAGGAGCAGGACUUUGACAUUGAGAGGAACACAGGUAGCAUCGUGAUCGCCAGGCCUCUGGAUGCAGGGAAGAAGUCCAACUAUAAUCUGACUGUACAGGUUACAGACGGGCAUCAGGUCGCAACCACACAGGCAUAUAUCCGUGUGCUGGACAUGAACGAGCAUCGACCCGUGUUCAUGAAGUCCAUCUACGAGGUCAGAGUACCGGAAGACACCUCUCCAUGGAAGGACAUCCUCCACAUCUCUGCUCAGGACCGAGACAGCAGCAGCAAACUCAUCUACUCGCUCCACAGCAGCGUCCAUCCAGACAGCCUGAAGAACUUCCAUCUGGACCAUAAGAGUGGUGUUCUGGUGAUGACUGAGCAGCUGGACCGUGAGAAGCGUUCUGUGCACACGCUCAUUGUGAUGGUUCGAGAUCAGGAGAUCCCAGUGAAAAGAAACUUUGUGAAGGCAGUGGUUUAUGUGGAGGACUGCAACGACCACUCUCCUGCCUUCAUGGCAGCCGGCUAUGAGGGCACUAUCACCAAUCUGGCUGCGGCUGGGACAGAGGUGCUACGUGUCAAGGCGCUGGAUAAGGACAUGGGGAGCAACGCUCAGAUUAUUUACUCCCUUCACUCAGGGAAUGUGGACAACACCUUUGACAUUGAUGGCGAGCUGGGGAGUAUCACCAUCGCCAAAUCUCUGUACAACCUAACCCAGGAGCAGUUCCAUCUGACAGUGAAGGCCACAGACCAAGGUUUCCCCCAGCACAGUGACCUCUGUUCUGUCUCCAUCACCGUCCUGCUCUCAGACAGAACCCCUCCCAGGUUCCCCUCUGAUGAGUACUUCUCAGAGGUCAGUGAAGCCAGUCCUCUGGGAACUCCCGUGAUCACUGUCUCUGCAGCCAGCCCAUCCGCAGUCCACUACAGCAUCAAAGAUGGAGACCCUAACGGAACGUUCCACAUCAAUGCAGASUCCGGAGUUCUCUCKGUCCAARYGAGCCUCAACUUCGAGRRGUGUUUCUCKUACAGACUCRAAGUGCGUGCUAGCACCUCGRCRGGAKCCUCGUCAGAUACGGUUGUUUACGUCUAUGUGAURGAUGAGAAUGAUAACCYWCCGGUGUUCCUCCAGGAGARAUUCCAUGGCCAGAUUAGUGAGUCUGCUCACAUAAACAGCAUGGUGAUGGGGGAGAGCAACACACCUCUAGUGAUACGAGCCUCUGAUGCUGACAGGGACUCUAACUCUCUCCUAGUCUUCCAAAUCCUGGAWCCGGAAGCGAUGAAAGUCUUCAAGAUAGAUCCMARCAUGGGUACACUCUCUGUGAUAUCGGAGGUGGACUUUGAAGAAACACCAGAGUUUCACUUCAGCAUUCAGGUACGGGACUCAGGGGAACCGUCGCUGUACGCAGCAGAGCCAGCCAGAGUCACCAUCCGUGUCCUGGAUUUCAAUGACUGUUCCCCCAAAUUCUCUAGGUCGGUGUACGAGUCGUCCAUCGUCUUCCCUCCAGUCAGAGAGAUGGAGGUUGUACGGGUCACGGCACAAGAUGCAGAUUCAGCUGUCUCGUACAGCCUCACAGAGGGCAACCUUCACAACGCUUUUCUCAUUCAUCCUUCUACUGGUGCUAUCUCUGUAAACAAUGUUUCAGAGUUUAAAUCCUUUUACCAGCUGCUGGUCAAAGCCUCUGACGGCCUGUACAAAGACCUUGCUACAGUUAAGAUAAACGUCACCAACAUAACAGCAGGCGGCCAUCUUCAAUUUGAGCAGGGAUUGUAUUCAGCCAUCAUUGUGGAGAACUCGAUGUCGGUCAAAAUGUUAGUUGUUUUGAGAGCUUCAGGUAGCUACUUGAACGAGCCUCUGAUUUACUCUGUAUUGAACCCAAUGGGACGGUUUUCUAUAGUCCCAACAUCAGGCGUGCUUGAGACCACCAGCGUCCCCUUCGACAGAGAAGAGCAGGAUGUCUAUGACAUAGUGGUGGAGGUGAGAGACAUGAGGAGUCCCCCUCGCAGGGCAAUAACCCACGUCAACGUUUACAUAAAUGACGUCAAUGACAAUCCACCAAGGUUCUUGAACCUGCCUCACUCCAUGAUGAUCUCUGAAGACACUGACCUAGGAGAUGUAAUCUUUCAAGUGAUGGCGUCCGACAGUGAUCUUGGAGAAAAUGGUUCUAUUAUGUACUUGUUGCAGGAGGACUUUGAUCUCUUUAGGAUAGACCCUUAUGUUGGUGACGUGUCCCUUCAGCGGCCUAUAGACUUUGAAGCUGCUAAUAAAUAUACCUUGACUGUCCUGGCCACAGACGAGGGCUCGYCCAGUUUGACCACUUCAGCAGAACUGAGUAUCACGGUGAGAAAUCGCACCAACCCCAUUUUUCAGACUUUGCUCUAUCCUCUAAAAGUCCCUGAAAACAUAUCUCCCUUCACCACCAUCUUGCAUGUACAAGCAAGAAACCCAGAGGGAUACCGGCUUAUUUACAAUCUGGAAGAGGAAAAUGCCUCGAAAAAYUUUCACAUAGAUUUUAAAACAGGAGUGUUGAGUGUCACUGAUUUAUUGGACUAUGAGAGCCAGACAAUGCAUCUAUUGACGGUCCGAGCCACUGACUCUGUGACAGGCUCCUUUUCAGAGGCCGCUGUCGAAAUAGAGGUUGAAGAUGUUAACGAUAACGCUCCAGUCUUCUCCAAGCUGACUGACACAGUGGAUAUACCUGAAGGAUUACCCAUAGGCACGUCUGUGUUACAGAUAUCAGCUACAGAUAGAGACUCAGGCAGAAAUAAAGACUUAAUUUUCCAUAUUUUGGUGACGGGGGAAAAUGAAACGGACUUCUUUAAAAUAGACCCCCAGAGUGGUCUAAUUGUUACGACACAGGUGUUGGACUAUGAGAAGACAAAACACUUCCAGUUAAAGAUCAAAGCCAUAGAUAAUGGCACGAACCCGUUGAGCAGCGAAGCCUAUGUCAUUGUUAACGUAACCGAUGUCAACGAUAACCCUCCAAACUUCUCCAAGACCCACUAUCAGGCAACACUGGAUGAAAUGGCCAAAUGUGGACACAUCGUCAUAAAAAUCCAAGCUUCGGACCCCGACACCAGAGACUUGAACAAUCUACAGUAUAAGAUCCUCUCAGGUAAUGAGGGACGAUACUUCKCCAUCAAUGAAUCCUCCGGGAGCAUCUCCUUUUCUAACGUCUGCAAGAGAAAUGUGGACCCAUUCUACAACCUCACCGUGGCUGUGUCAGAUGGAGUUUUCCAGAACACAGCCCCUGUGAACAUUGAUAUGACGAACACUAAUAAACACAGCCCCUAUUUCAACAAAAACAUCUACGAGGCGGAACUAGCUGAGAACGCUGAGGCUGGAACACGUGUGAUUCGCCUGGCCGCUAUAGACCCUGACGAUGGACCUUACGGCAGCGUGGACUACACCAUCAUCAACAAACUGGCAGAUGAGAAAUUCUCCAUAGACAAGAAUGGACAGAUCAUAACAUCUCAACCUUUAGAUCGAGAGAACCCAUCCCAAAGAGUGAUCGCCAUCAAGGUGAUGGCUAAAGAUGGCGGAGGRAAAGUAGCGUUCUGCACUGUGAAGAUUAUCCUGACAGAUGAGAAUGAUAAUGCCCCUCAGUUUAAAGCUUCAGAGUAUCAGGUGUCAAUCCAGUCUACUGUAAACAAAGGCUCUCCCGUGAUUCAGAUAAUGGCGUACGACGCAGACGACGGCAAAAAUGCUGACGUCACCUACACUGUGGACGAAGCAGAGGAAGUGACUGAGGACAUCAUUGAGAUCAACCCCUUCACUGGCAUUGUCAGYGUCAAAGARAGYCUGAUWGGUCAAGAGAACAAGAUWUUCAACUUCAAAGUCAAGGCUCGGGACAGCGGAUUACCGUUCUACAACUCCACGGUUCCGGUGCAGGUGAAAGUAGUCCCACCUGAGGUCCCUCUUCCGAAGUUCUCCGAGCCGCUGUACACCUUCUCCGCAGCCGAGGACAUCUCCAUGGGAACAGAGAUCGGGACGAUCAAGGCCGACUCCGACAUGCCAGUCAUCUACAGCCUGGUCAAUGGCAACACAGUGGAGAGUAACAGAGACAGAGUGUUUGCUCUGGAUAAAGAGAGCGGUACUCUACUCGUCCAGAAGAGCAUUGACCACGAGAAGACCAAGUGGUAUCAGAUAGAUGUUAUUGCUCAAGGCAACCACAACGGGACCGAYGUSGCMUCRCUGGUGUCGGUCAGCAUCCAGGUCCAGGAUGUAAAUGACAACGUGCCGGUGUUCGAGGCCAACCCUUACAAGGCCUUCCUGGCUGAAAACAUGCCACCAGGAACCACCGUCAUCCAGGUGACUGCCAACGACCCUGACCAGGACACUAAUGGACAGGUGACCUACACCUUGGAAGCCGAACCCGAUGACAUCACCGAUGUCUUCUCCAUCGACAGUGAGAGCGGUUGGAUAACUACUCUGAGAGAAACGGACUGUGAGACGAUACAGCACUACAGCUUCACAGUGGUGGCUACUGACCACGGGGGGGAGGUGAAGCUCUCUUCCUCUGUUCUGGUGGAGGUGACGGUGACUGACGAGAACGACAACCCUGCUCGGUUCACGGAGGACGUGUACCAUGCGUCUGUCAUGGAGAACACUAGGCCUGGGGAGGUCAUCAUAAGCCUGACGACCGUUGAUAUGGAUGUGACUAAAGAGAACAGGCAGAUCACGUGUUACAUCACAGACGGAGAUCCAUUAGGCCAGUUCUCCAUUGUGCAAGAGGGAGAGGAAUGGUGGCUGGUCCUCAAAGAGUCUCUUGACCGUGAAGCUAAAGAUAACUACUCCCUGAAAAUAAGAGUUACUGACGGGAGAUUCGAGGCCCCUGCCACUGUAGAGGUCCAUGUCCUAGACAUCAACGAUAACAGUCCUCUGUGUGAGCAGUUGCUGUACACAGAGGUUGUCAUGGAGAAUUCCCCGUCAAGCAUGUUCAUCGUGAAGGUUUCAGCGUCGGACCCAGACAUCGGCACCAACGGACAAGUGUCCUACACCCUCCACGGCCCCAACGCAGACAAGUUCCAUCUUGAUCAAAAGACAGGGGAAUUGUUCACUCUGGCCCAGUUGGACCGGGAGMAGGUGAGGGAGUAUGAUCUGGUAGUUAAAGUCACGGACGGUGGAGGUCGCUCCUGCCAAGCAGACAUCUUACUCAUGAUCCAGGAUAUGAAUGACAACCCUCCCAAGUUCUCGAACAACCACUAUGAAGUCACUGUGUUCGACAACACCACCAUCAGGACACCCAUCGCUGUCAUCUACGCCAAAGACCCUGACACUGGUAUAAACUCUGAGGUGAAGUAUUCUCUACUCGAGGACAACAGCGGACACUUCUCAUURGAAGAGUUCUCCGGUAUCCUGCGCCUGGAGAGGUCACUGGCUGAAAACACACGGUCGACCUUUGAACUCAAGGUCAAAGCCACAGACCGGGGUCUUCCCCGACAACUGUACUCCGUCGCCACGGUUACGGUGCACGUUGUCGACCUGAGCGACUACCAGCCGGUGUUCCUGAGCCAGGAGUACUCCGCCCAGAUCCCAGAAUCCACCCUGGUAGGGUCAGAGGUCAUCAGCGUCUCUGCCCUCACUAGAGACGGGACCGAGACAGAACCCAUCGUCUACUCCAUCGUCUCUGGCAACGAGGGGGGAAGGUUCUACCUGCACCCGGCAACUGGUAAGGUUCUGUUCCAAUACUUCCUUGAGUUCCAUUGUUGUCAGGAGGGCGAGGCCAUCGGUAGCAGCAUCCUCCAGCUGGUGGUCACAGACAGAGACACCCCUCAGAAUGGACCUCCCUUCACAUUCCACAUCGUGUCUGGGAACGAGGACCGCCGCUUCCACGUAGACCAGGGAGGUUUGUUGUCCAUCUCUGCUCCUCUGAAGAAGAAGAUCAAGCCACAGCACCUACUGAAAAUACAGGUGACAGACAGCGGACACCCUCCUCUCUCCUCCAUCUGCGUGGUGAAGAUCAACGUCACUGAGCAGAGCAAGUACCCUCCUUCUGUGAUGCCCCUGGAAGUCUUCAUCACCACCACAGGAGACACCUUCUCCAACCGAGUCAUAGGCAAGCUCCAUGCCUCCGACCAGGACCUGCACGACAUCCUAAACUACAAGCUGGUCUCGGAGUCUCCCGAUGGGGGAGACUCAGAGCCAAGCACGGGCCCCUCUGGAGGCCUCUCCAGGUUCUCUGUGGACCUGGUGGAUGGGAAGAUCUGGGCCGACGAAGACUUGAAACCUGGUCUCUACUCCCUCAAUGUCAGCGUCUCCGAUGGGAAGUUCAGCGUAUGGGCCGGGGUGAAGGUUCAUGUGUGGAAACCCACCCAGCAGGCCCUGGACGCUGGGCUCACUCUGCAGUUGGCUGGGCUUUCCCCGGAGGAGUUCCUGGGGGACCACUGGAGAGGCCUCCAGAGGGGCCUCAGCACGGCMCUGGGUAUAGCCAGGCAAGACCUCCACCUGGUGAGCCUACAGCAGCAACCCAACUCCCUGGUCCUGGAGGUUCUGCUGCUAUGGAGGCCGCAUGGUGGAAMUGUAGAACMGUUACCAACCAACCGGCURGCAGGGAUCAUCGCURACAUAGAAGACUCAUUGGGACUGAGUGUUCUCAGGGUGCAUCACAAUGGGUGUCUAGGGACAGAAUGCCCUCCUAGAGGAUGCAGGAACUCAGUCCAGAYGAGAGGGGAGAGGCUGAGCCACUACGCCACAGCCAGGGCCGGCUUCAUCACCCCACAACACACCUGGGAGAGUGUCUGCCCCUGCAACGAGUCUGCUGUGAGUUUUGACGGGACGGGCUAUCUGAAAUACCUGUAUCAGACGGAUCAGGAGGAGGAGAAUCGGAACUUCCGUCUCUCUCUGCGCAUCAAGACCUUCCAGCAACAAGGCGUUGUCAUGAAUACCAAUGCAAUCAACUGGGGGAGCUUGAAGCUGAUGGGUGGAGAGUUGAGGUUCGUGUACCUCUGUGGCAACACGCUCCCGGGUUCCCUGCGUAUCCACACCGCCCCAGUGGUGUCAGACGGGCGGUGGCACCACGUCCUUCUGGAGGUCAACGGUACCAUCCUCAGACUCACUCUGGACCACAUUCACUCAGCCCAGGUCGUCCUCUCUAAACCCUGCCAUCUGAUGCAGCCNCAUGGGGCUCUGAUCCUCGCUGGCCCCCCUGGUCCUGGUUCUUCUCCCACCACCACCACCCCCACCACCACCACCACCUCUACAGAGACCCAGGCCAGGGCCCAGACCCAGGCACAAGGCUUGGUGGGCUGCCUGGAGGGUAUGGAGCUGAAUGGGGAACCCAUCAGGACAGAAGAGAAUAAGGAGUGGAAURGGCCUGGGAGGAGGAGGGUGUUUGGGGUCUACCAGUGCUGUGUCAACCAGGUCAGGAUGAACAGCUGUGACAGUAACCCCUGUCUGAAUGGAGGAACCUGUGAGGAGGAAUCAAAUGGAGGGUUCCGCUGCAGCUGUCCAGUUCCCUUCUAUGGCCCCCACUGUGAGCUGGACAAGAACCCCUGUGCCUCCCAGCCCUGUGCCCACGGUGGGGUGUGUGUGCCAAAGAGUCAAGGUUACAUCUGUAACUGCCAACUGAAUAUGGCUGGAAUCAGGUGUCAGAGCCUAAUCGACGGAUGCUCCCCCAACCCGUGUCUAGAAGGGUACAACUGUACCUUCUCCGGGGGCUCCAUCCACUGCGAUCCUCUACCCCAGGUGUACGCCGGGCUGGGCUACAUCGAGAUAGUGGAGAUCUGUGCCAGCUUGAUGGGGGUUUUCUUCCUGGUCGGUGUCUUCGUCUGCGUCCGCAAACGUUAUGUCCAACAGAAGAAGAAGCCUGUCUGUGUUCAGGACUCCAACGGUUACUUCCAACCCAGUCUGGCCAAAUCCAUGAUGGCCGGCACUCCAAAAGUCAGCCCAAUAGAGAUGAACAUGCUGAUGGGCUCUGGUAACGACCUGGAUAACAUACACAGUCCCUUCAGAUCUCUGAGGCCUCACAGCCAGAUGGACCUGGGGCUGGGGUCCCAGGUAAGCCUAAGGGCCGGGAAGCAAAAGCCACAGGGGCCUGUGGUGUGUAGUGUGGCCCCCAACCUCCCUCCUACACCUUCAACCAUCUCUGACAAUGAGUCCAUCAGGAAACACCACUGGGAUAAGGACUAUGAAGUCUACCCUGCCGAUCCUGACUACUACGGUCGACCGACCCCCUCGGUCCAAGAGUACCCCCAGGUCCAAGAGUACCCCCAGGUGCAGGAGUUUCCCCAGUUCGACAUUGUGGAGGACACCUACGGCUCUGUGACCGCAUCAAUAGACUCACGUAGAAACUCUCGCUUCRGCGGAUUCCCGUUUCCCCUGGAGCGYUCUGACCGCCGCGCUCCCUUACCGCCCUGCUACAGUAACCAGAACCUGGAUGACUUCCUGGGGCCUGACGGUCUUCCAUUACCCAUCUCUCAGUGCCCCAACGAGUACACUGCCAUCAGUUACUAUCCGACGCAACAUGCACAAAGCAUGGACAAUGUGUCGUCAGGCUACCGGCGCCUCAGCAUGCGCCUCAGCGUUGCCACGCCGUCCUACGCUGAGAGUAACUCUCCUCCUCCUCCCCCUCCGCCCCAGCAGGCUAGGCAUGCAAGACGGAACUCUCGCUGCUACAACGGGUCUGACAUGGUGGAGAGCGACUAUGGAAGCUGUGAGGAGGUCAUGUUCUAGAAUGUUUUAAAGUGUUCUAUUCUAGAGUUAAAGAUACAGUGUCCCUAUCAGAGGUCUCUUUCAGGGAGAGACGAAAGAGUUGAUUCUGGAACAUUCUACGAGGUGAAUUUAAUAUAUUCUAUACAGUCAAUUCUUAGAAUGUCUCCAUAAAAUGUGAUUGAUCGGCAUCUAAGUGGGCUUGACAUUCAGUAGAGUAAAUGAAAGAGUCASUCACCUUUUGUUCCACAGGAUUGAACAGUAUUACAGGAUGUUUUAUCUGAAACGAUGGCAACAAGGCCACGCAACACAAAUAUAUGCUGUACUAAAUACUGCAGCAAUAUCGAACUCGCUCAUCUAGACCACUCUCCAUCCGARGGGGAGAGAGACUGGCUUUGGGUGAAACCAAUUCCAAUAAGAAUGAAUAUGCCUAGACAACUAUGUAACAACAAGGUCACGCAACACGACCGUAUAAAGAGAGUGGGUUUACAUAAAAAACAAUUCCUAUAAGAAUGAAUAUGCCUACAUUUCAUGCAGAAAAUAGCUCMAUUUAAUACAAUAAUAACAACCAUAAUAACCAUAAAGAUGUCACAUAGAUUAAUACAGUUCCUAUUUGUGACCUCACCAUUCAGUGAUAUGGAGUGGGUCUCAAAUAGCCCCCUAUACCUAUGGACCCUGGACCAAAGUAGUGCACUGCGUAGGGAAUAGGGUGCCGUUUGGGACGGAGGUCAUAUGUGACAAAAUAAUGAAGGGGACUGGAUCCUAACAGUGAGAAGAAAUCCAUAAAUUUAAUGAAUAAGUAGAUAAUAAAUAUUCACAAAUAUUACACGUGUUUGUUGUAAAAUAUUCAAUAUAACUUUAAUUGCUGAUAUUGCCAAUUGUGUAAAUAGUGCAUAGUGUGGAAGUAUUCUGACUUUGAUCUCAAAAAAAAAAUCUCGGAAUUGUAGCGGUUGGUGGUAUUUGGUUGUAAACAGUAUUUUGAGUCCGAACACAUAAAUGUGGUAUCUAAUCUGACUGUAUAUAGCCCAACAGUACAGAAUGUUGUAUCUAAUCUGACUGUAUAUAGCCCAACACAUAAAUGGUGGUAUCUAAUCUGAAUGUAUAUA